GGAAUUGGCGCCUAUAGUAUUAAUUGAAGCGUGUUCUGACUUGCUUCAGUGGCACCGCGAUGUAAUUGUGAAUGGUUAGGUUUGGCAAUGGUGCGCUAUUUGCCGUUCUGGAGCCCCAAUUGCGGUGUGUCCAGCAACUUAUCUGGUUAGAUUGUCUUGUUAUAUGUCGCAGUAGCAAGUACUAAAUUGCAUAAUGCAUUACAUGAAAUUGGCGUCGAUUGUAAGCGUGUCCUGCGACUUAUUUAGUCGAUGGAUGACGUCGCUGUGGCAUCCGUGCUGGCAACGCCCCCAACUUAUAACAAGACGUGUCCUACAUCACUCCGAUUCCCCCCUCCCGCCAAGAGAAUCGCAAAUGGAUAGAUUAGGCAAUGCUGCUCUGGCGAUACUUGCUGUUCUGAACCCCCAAUUGCAGAGCAACCAACGACUUCUAUCUGGUUCACUUGUCUUCUCCUAUGCCACGUCGCGUAAUAAGGCAUUGAAUGAUAAGCAAAAUUGGCGCCUAUCGUAUCUAUUGAACCGUGUUCCGACUUAUUCCUGUACACGUGUGAUGUCACUGCGUAAUUUAUCAUGAUCACGUUCUGGUGUGUAUAGCUCCAUGAUUGAUGAAUGAAACACGUGUCACUUAAGACCACCGCUCGAAAUAAAAGGGUGUUACCGGCUUACUCCAUUGUUUUUGUGGAUGAUAGAUACACAUGUUGACUAGUCUGUUCGCCAGGCUACCUAUAUGAGGUAUACCCAAGGUGUUUGCCAAAGAAACUAGAUGGAAGGUUUGCUUAUUCUUUGGCACAUCAUGGCACGCAAGUUACACAAAUAUUAUGUCGUGACAUUUUAUUUAUCAAUGCGCAUCCCUAAUGACAUGCACGUCAUCCAAUCUGAAGUUUCUUUUGCAAGUAGAGAAUUAUCAAGUCCUUUUGACAGUUUGUUAAUAUCGAUGUUUGGUUGCUCAAUUUGUUAAUUGUUUGAUAUAUCUGCAUAGUUUUUAUAGCCCGCUAUAGCCCCUCUAUAGCUCCGCUAUAGCUGUUUAAGCAUGUUGCCGCUAAAUAAAAUCAUGUACAAUUGUCUGCUAUAGCUUCAUUUAGCUUCGAGCUUCGCUAUAGCUGUUUUGGAGGGCUGCCCUAAGUUUCCAUAGCCAGGUAUUUAAAACAUUGAUAUCUGUCAUGAUUUAUCGCUGCCCAUCAUGUUUAGCUUCUCUGCUUUCGCUGUUACCACUGUUCGUGUUGUUAGUGUUGCACUAUUGGUAGCAAACAAAGUUUUGUAAAGCAACACGAUUAUUUUACCUUUGUUAUCACCUCAACACAACUAUUUCAUAUAUAUGUCAUUUCUUAAUGAGGUGAUCAUACGCUGGCAGGAUUAUAUAGCCAACCCAUCAACCAUCGAUAUGGCUUACAAUGUCCUGAUUGACCAUGCGCUUGCAGAAAGAGAUCGCAGCCCAGCAGUUGUCCCAAGAUGUGUGGCGUUGUUAAAGAGAUAUCUUAUCCGGUAUAUCCCAAAGGUGCAAACACUACGUCAAAUCGAUAUCUUUUGUGCAAACACGAUAGCAAAGUAUGACCCAGGGGCAAGUCACAGAGCAUCGUCAUUUGGCCAGAACUUUGGAUCAUCAGCAGCUUUGCCAAAUUCCUCUCUUGUUGCCCCACCAAUAUCGAACUUUGCUUCAGCAUCUCUUGUGAAGUCUUUGAACUAUGUCCGCUCGUUAGUCGCAAGGCACAUUCCAAAGAAGUUGCCAUUCCACCCAAUUCAUCAACCUAUUUCAUCAACCUCUACAAAACAGUCACUUCCUUCUCUUUCAUCGUUUUUAAGUAGGUCCCUAAUUCCUCCAUUGAAUCCAGAAGUUGCUACCAAUAGAGAUCAUCUUGAAUCAAAGGAAAGCCAUACUGCGCCUGAUUUAAUAUCAUCAGUAAGUGAAAAGGUUGACGGGGGAGAGCAUGGAUAUGAUAUCAAGUAUAUAUCCUUCGACAUUCUAAAUUGGAGAUGGCAUGUAUACGGUGAACGGCAAGCAUCAGGUUCUGCCAAAGAAAGCAGUGAUUUUGCGGGCCUUCAAGAUUUUCAUACACAGGGUUUUCUUGAAGUUGGUGCUGCAGCUCUUCUAGUAGGGGAUAUGGAGGCAAAGAUCAAUGAUCAACAAUGGAAAUAUUCUGUUAUACAGGAAUUUCCUGAUAUCGAUUUGUUGCAACCUUCAACUUCUACAGCUAGCACUUUUGCAUCAUCACAGGGUCAUCUGAAAGCAAUAACUGCCUCAAAACGCAUGAAAUCGGGCCCAAGCCAAGUUUGGAUGAACAUACCUGCAAACACAUUCCAGCCUCGAGCACGUCCCCUUUUUCAGUAUAGACACUACAGUGAGCAGCAACCAUUACGAUUGAAUCCUGCUGAAAUUUCUGAAGUCAUUGCUGAAGUUUGUUCAGAAACAACUUCAAAUCAGUCCAAUGCUCCAUCAAGAUUGACCACCCAGAGUCGGCAACCUUCAGCAGAUGUGGCAUUCAGUGUCCUCAUUAAGCUUGUCAUUGACAUGUAUAUGAUGGACUCUGAGGCUGCUGCUCCUCUGACACUUUAUAUGCUUGAGGGCAUGUUAAGUUCUCAGAAAUCACCUGCCAGAACGAAGGCUUUUGAUCUGAUUCUAAACCUUGGGAUACAUGCACAUCUGCUGGAGCCUAUGAUAGUUGAAGAUGCACCACCUGUUGAAAAAAGUGAAACUGCAAGCAACUCUUAUUUGAACAAUGAGUAUGGACCAAGUAUGGAUGAACAGAAGGCAACAGAACCUGUAGAAGAGCAGAGAAUUAGUCCUGCUAUUGAUCAGUUUGAGUCAUGGCUUCUGAAAAUACUAUUCGAAGUUCUCCUUCUUUUAGUUCAGAUGGAGGAGCGGCAGGAGAUUGUGUGGGCGUCAGCUUUAAGUUGUCUAUUUUACUUUGUCUGCGAUGGAGGGAAAAUCAUCAGGAGCAGACUUGGAGGUUUGGACAUAAGGGUUGUGAAGACUCUUCUUGAGAUUAGUGUGGAACACUCAUGGGCAAAAGUAGUGCACAACAAGCUCAUUUGCAUGCUGGCAAAUAUGCUGUACCAAGUACCAGAUGGAACUCAGAGUGGUGCACUUGAUACACAUUUUGUUCCUGAGCGGAUUGAUCUUCUUGGUGGAGUUGACUAUAUUUGUCUUGAGUAUUCACGAGCCAACUCAAAGGAAGAGAAGCGGGAUUUGUUUUUUGUUCUUUUUGACUAUGUAGUGCAUCAAAUAAAUGAGACAUGCUUGUCUGGUGGCCUUUCAGCAUAUACUUAUGAUGAUGCUCAACCCCUCGCUUCCCUUCUUGCAUCUGCUGAUGCUCCAGAGGCAUUCUAUAUAUCUGUGAAGCAUGGUGUUGAAGGUGUUGGGGACAUGCUUACAAAAGCUAUAUCAGCGUCAUUAUCACAGUCAGCAGAAUACGAGCAAUUAAGUGUGCUUCUGGACAAGGUUAUCAGGAAACUUGAUGGAACUGUCAGCACAUUUUCAAGGAUUGACAGCGAGUUUACUUAUAUGAUCCAAGUAACAAAAUCCUUCAAGGGUUUCAGCAGCAUUAAAGAUGGAUCUGAAGAUGGUGAUGUUGCAUGUAGAGCAAGGUUUUGCUGGGCUACUUUGCACUCACUUCUUCACUCGCAAAUUUCAUCAUAUAGGCACCAUGGAUAUAUUUGGUUAGUUGAAUUGCUCCUCUCGGAAAUCAGUGAAGAAACCGAUGGUUCUGUUUGGUCUAAAAUCCAAACGCUCCAAGAGGAAAUUAAAGAUGCCGGAAGCCAAGAUAUCUCAUGUUCAGAAGUUUCACUGCCCGUUUGUCUGCUAUGUGGGCUUCUGAAAUCAAAAUACAACUACAUUCGUUGGGGAUUUCUAUAUGUUUUAGAGAAAUUUCUGAUGCGCUGCAAGUUAUUAUUGGAUGACAGUGAUAUGCAAGAACACUCAGUUGCUUAUCAUAGCAAAAACCGCCUGGACAAAGCUUUCGCGGUUAUAGAUAUUAUGAGUACUGCUUUGCUACUUGUGGUUCAAAAUAACGAGACAGACCAUAUCAACAUCUUAAAGAUGUGUGACAUGUUGUUUUCACAAUUAUGUCUGAGGCUUCCGUCCACAAAUGUGAUGCAACUAGGAGGCCUUCAAUCCCUUGGUCAACUUUUUGGUUGUACAACUAAGAACAUGGAGAGCCAUUUGGAGACCCAGGCACCACACCAAACUGUAGGAACCAAGAAUUUUUGCAGGAGUGAGACAUUGCAAGAUACAAGCAUGAAUCAAUCUACUCAAUCGACUUUGCUUUGCGAAACAUCAAUGGCAGCACUACUUCUGAAAGGUCUCGCGAUAGCUCCGAUGCAGCUUGUAGCCCGUGUGCCAACUUCGUUAUUUUUCUGGCCGUUGAUGCAACUUGAAGGCGCUGCCAGUGACGAUAUUGCACUGGGUAUUGCUGUCGGUAGCACAGGAAGAGGCAAUAUUCCUGGUGCUACAUCAGAUAUUCGAGCGGCGCUUCUUUUGCUUUUGAUUGGUAAAUGCACGGCUGAUCAGGAAGCACUUACCGAAGUAGAAGGCAAUGAGUUCUUCAGGGGGCUUCUGGAUGAUACAGACUCAAGGGUAGCAUAUUAUUCUGCAGCUUUUCUCUUGAAGAGGAUGAUGACAGAGGAACCAGAGAUGUACCAAAGGAUGCUUCAAAGUCUCAUUUCAAAAGCUCAACAGUGUAACAAUGAGAAACUUCUGGAGAACCCAUACCUUCAAAUGCGAGGAAUAUUGCAGUUGUCAAAUGAUCUAGGAGUUCAAUAGUCACCACCGGUUUGACAUUCCAGUGUACAAAGCUUUCAGUGAGAAUUGGUACCAUCAAUCAUGUUUGUUGCAGAAGAAACUGUAUGUGUAUUCCUCUGCUCCUAACAAUGAAAAGGUGUUUUUUGAGUGGACCAUGUAAAUUACUGCUUCUCCCAGACGCAUGACCAUGCUUCUGAAUUUCUUUAUUCUUUAUUAGAUCUGAACCAUUGGAUCAAUAUCCAUCUUGGGGUCACACUGUCAUUUGCAAGAUGAGUUGAAGAUCAUCUGGUUUCCUACCCUUGUGGCUAUUUCAGCGAGGCGACGACUGAGUUAGGAUGAGAUGGUGUUUCAUACACAUGACAAAUUGACAGCUGCAGUUUUCCAAAGCAGCAUUGAGACCGAGCCGGCGCAACUUUUUUUGUGAGGCAUGCUCGGUCCAAUAAUCGUAGUUCAUAGUCUAUGUGUGUUUACUUUGCCUGCCUCUCAAUAACGGAAGGCAUAGAAUGUUUGUAUGCUAGUGUAAUUGCUAUCUGGUAGUAAACUGACUGGAAACUUCUAGACAACUGUUGUUCUGGAUUCAUAAUAGAUUUGUAUCGGGAUAAGUGUAAAUUGUAGGGUGAACAAAAAAGAUUUAACGUUAAUUUGAUAGCAUCUCUUUUAAUUAC